AUGGGGUUCUACGGCACUUUAAAGAUGAUUUUCUAUAAAAUGAAGAGGAAGUUGGACCAUGGCCCCGAGGUCCGAUCUUUCCCUUCAGGAAAAAAGCCCUGCAAAGGCCCAGAGUAUCCAAGCCCGACAGGAAUCGUCCCAUGUCCAGCCACACCUACCACAUUCGGCCACAUUAGAACAGCCAACGGUCAGGGGGGGCAGAGACGGCGUAUCACCUCAAUCCAGCCACCCACGGGUCUCCAAGAAUGGCUCCGAACAUUUCAGAGCUGGACUGGGCCUGAGAAGCUGCUGGCGCUGGAUGAGUUGAUUGACAGCUGUGAGCCCACACAAGUCAAGCAUAUGAUGCAGGUGAUCGAGCCGCAGUUUCAGCGAGACUUCAUCUCCCUGCUGCCCAAAGAGCUGGCUUUGUAUGUGCUGUCAUUCCUGGAACCGAAGGACCUCCUCCAAGCAGCGCAGACGUGUCGCUACUGGCGCAUCCUGGCAGAAGACAACUUGCUGUGGAGGGAGAAAUGCAGGGAAGAAGGCAUCGAUGAGCCUCUGCCCCUCAAGAAGAGGAAAAUCGUCAAGCCUGGCUUCACUCACAGCCCAUGGAAGAGUGCCUACAUCAGGCAGCACAGAAUAGAUACUAACUGGAGGAGAGGGGACCUCAAAUCACCCAAGGUGCUGAAAGGUCACGACGACCACGUGAUCACCUGCCUCCAGUUCUGUGGGAACCGCAUCGUCAGCGGCUCUGACGACAACACGCUGAAAGUCUGGUCAGCCAUCACAGGAAAGUGUUUGCGCACAUUGGUGGGCCACACAGGGGGCGUGUGGUCAUCGCAGAUGAGAGACAACAUUAUUAUCAGCGGCUCCACUGAUCGCACACUCAAGGUCUGGAACGCAGAGACAGGAGAAUGUAUCCACACCCUCUAUGGGCAUACCUCAACAGUGCGCUGCAUGCACCUACAUGAGAAAAGGGUGGUCAGUGGAUCUCGUGACGCCACACUGCGCGUCUGGGACAUUGAGACCGGUCAGUGUUUACACGUCCUCAUGGGCCACGUGGCAGCAGUGCGCUGCGUCCAGUACGACGGGCGGCGGGUGGUCAGCGGUGCCUACGACUUCAUGGUCAAAGUUUGGGACCCUGAGACGGAGACCUGCCUCCACACGCUGCAGGGCCACACCAACAGAGUGUACUCAUUACAGUUUGAUGGGAUCCACGUGGUUAGCGGCUCAUUGGACACGUCUAUAAGAGUCUGGGACGUGGAGACGGGCAACUGCAUUCACACGCUAACGGGGCAUCAGUCCCUCACCAGUGGCAUGGAGCUCAAAGACAACAUCCUGGUCUCAGGCAACGCAGACUCCACGGUCAAGAUCUGGGACAUAAAGACGGGCCAGUGCCUGCAAACAUUGCAAGGUCCCCACAAACACCAGAGCGCCGUCACGUGCCUCCAGUUCAACAAGAACUUUGUCAUCACCAGCUCGGAUGAUGGCACAGUCAAACUGUGGGACCUGAAGACGGGCGAGUUCAUCCGAAACUUGGUGACUCUGGAGAGUGGCGGCAGCGGCGGUGUGGUGUGGCGUAUCAGAGCCUCCAACACCAAGCUGGUGUGUGCAGUGGGCAGCCGUAAUGGCACGGAGGAGACCAAGCUGCUGGUGCUGGACUUUGACGUGGACAUGAAGUGAGGAUGGUAUGCGAUGGGGAAGGACGAAGAAAGCCAAGCGCUGAUUGGAAAGAAGAGAUGGGGAAUGGGAGAUGAGGCACCUGGAAAUCCCAACACUCUUCACCCAAACUCGCUUAAUCUACAACAACUGUCCUGUCCACGACCAUCAUCUCCCCCCCCCCCUUUGUGUCCCUUUUGGGCAAAUGUUACCGACCGAGCCGCAGACCAUCACACGGGGUCAGUCCCUGCUUUUGACCCUCCACAACUAGGAGCAGUCGGAGGGAAUUGGGCUUCAAACUAAGCAGAAAAGGGGAGGGGAUGUCUGAUCUGUCCCUGAAUUGGCUGGGAGAAAGCAGAAGAGGGAGGAAAGAAAAGAAGACUGAACUCUUUGAAGUGACCCUCUGCCCUUUCGGUUCAGGGUCAGCUUCGAACAGAGACUUGGUUUUGCUCAAGCCUGACAGAUUUUGAGAUGUACAGAGAUAUAUUAUUUUUUAAAGUGCCCCCCUCCUCCACACAUAACCCUUCCCUCUCCCAACAAUGCGCGCCCACACAUUCAAAUCAUAGUCAAGUCGAGGAAGGUGGUAAAACUCAAACACAGUUACAGGUGAAAAGCUGCUUGUUGUAGACUGGAGGGUUCAGCCUGUCAUCAGGCUUGUUUCUCGUCACUCCAUUUCCGUUCUUGUUGUUCUCCGCUCGGUUUCAUUAGUUUGAUUUCUUUACAGUAUCGCACACAAACACAACUGUGAAUUUCAAUCCGUUCUUGGUUUAUCACAUGAAAGGGGGUUCCUCUUGUUUUUUUUUUCUGUCCUCGCGGUUGCCAACAGCAACAAAUCCCAGUAUUAGAAAGCUGCUCUGUUUAGGUUUGCUGUCAUUAUGUCACAAGGUUUUUUUUUUUUUUCCAUCUGUUUAUUUGAGUUGUUUGUUCUUCCUCUCUGUUUUUCAACAAACCUGGGUUGGUUUGGUCUCCACAAAAACACCAAUGCUGUCCACAUUUUUCACUUUCCUUGGGGUGGUUUCCUCAAUGCCAGUGCUGUGAUGAGAGGAGGGAGUAAAAGUUGUUUACUCUAAGCGCUGUGGAUUAAUGCCCCCAAAGCCCCCUCCCUGAGCCCCGUACCCUUUUCUGUUUCCCCCGGUGGCCAAACUGUAUUUAUGCUGCUAGAUGAAUGGAAAAAAAAAAGAGAGAGGGAACUUUUACUUGCUGUGACGUUUUAGUCCCAGGCAAAAUUCCAAAUUGAACUUUGUAUGUUUGGACUUAAGAAACAAAAGAUGACAAAAGAUAACAUCCAACAUUUUUGUUUUUAUUUUGUUUGUUUUUUUGCCACUGAAACUUGAGCCAAACGUGCCUCUACGAGGCUGAGAGGAGGGAGCAUCCAACAGGUUCUGAUGGGAUUGCCUGCAUAGAGGAAACAAGGGGAUGUACACUGUUGGUGUGCGUGUGUGUGCGUGCGUGAGUGUGUUAGCGUGUUAACUUGUAAACACAUUCCUUGGGACAAAGCUCUCUCAGCUUGUCCUUUGGGUAAAUGUACAAACGCUGUGUGGACUGGCAAAGAAAAAAAAAAACUAGCAGAUGUAUCAGAUUGGAAUGACAGAACUGUCCGUAUUCCUGUGUGAUUGUUGUUACAUUCAAAGAUGUCUGAAGCAACAGAGGAGACCAUCACAAGCAUCACUUGACAGGCUGCAGGAGUCUUAGUGUUACAUGUUGCAGAUAAAAAUCAGCGGCCUCGUGGAUCGUCAGUGGGGGAAAAUACACAAAAAGGCAACAAAACGUGAACAGAAACAUUGUAGCCAAACGAAAAGUCGUCUCAAUCUCCAUGAGUCACAACUCAAGCUGAACUGUGAAAGUGGUAUAACACUGUAUAUUAAAAAAGAAAAAAAAGAAAACAAUCUCGCUCUAUCUCCUCUCGUUGUUUUCUCCGUUUUAAUUUAUGAUCUGGUUUGAGAAAUCAGAUUUGUUGCAGGUGUUUUAUUUUUUCAGUUCAUGUAAACUGCCUGGCAAAAAAGAAAACAGACAGAAAAAACCUUAAAGGGAUUGUGUAUUUGUUUGAUUCACUUAGAAUUUUAUUUUCUUAUAACUUAAGUGCAAUAAAAUGUGGGUUUUUUCUUUUUUGAUUUCAAGCAUAUCAGUUGUCUGUUUUUGUUACCUGUGUGAAGGCAUCUUAUAUGUUCAAUAAAGCAAAUUAUUUGGUUAAUAAGAACCAUGAGGGAA